UCUAAAUUCAAUAAUCUCUAAUAAAAAAGAUCAACAGAUUAUAAUAGGCUAUGGUUGUAUAUAGCUAUGGUCUAAAUGCAUUUAGAAAAUCUAAACUUUUUUGUCUCUACGUGUUUUGACAAUUACUCAAAUUAUUAGUAACAUUUUAAAAUUAUUAGUGAUAUAUCUGAUAUAACUAGUAAAUCUUGUAAUAUAAAAUGACACACGCAUAUUACGCGGACGCGUGGAAAAAAACAAAUAGACGACAAAGAGUAUGGUACACCGAACAUUUGAUGCCGGCUCUGCUGGCUGCGAAAGAGAAACGGGUUCGAGAUAUCGACACUCUUAUAGCUAUGACGCAAGAACUAAUCGAUAUAUAUAAUGAACCGGCUGCGAAAUCAAAACCCGUGAGUCCUCGUGUUGUGGAACAAAGUGAUGAUCUCAAUCUGAUGAAACCUAUUGAACCUGAAGUGCUGAAUUUAUUGUAUGGUAGCACAGAAAAGGGUGCCGCUGAAAGAUAUCUAAAGGCUAGGUAUAAGAAGGCACCAGAAGAUAAGUUUUAUUUCCGUGUCGCAACCAACUUUGACUAUGGAUGGCAACAGAAGCAGGGUCGAGUGGCUCGAGACGUGAAUCGUGGUCGUUGUGCGAUACUACGGGAUACGUUCUAUCGCAAAAACAAUCUGGCUCCGGAUCCCAUACAUUAUUCGCAACCUGCCGGUGGCGAAAUAUCGAUUUGCAGCCAAUAUUCAUGUCAUUUCAAUUAAAACCGUUAAGAUUACCAUUGGAUAAGGAAAAAUGUUUGUCUCUCGUCAAUCUUUGUUCACAUUCCUUCAUUUAUUUCAAAGCUACAUUUCAGACAUGGUUCGACAGGUUAAUCCUAGGUUAUAUAUAAUAAUAAUAGAAUUUUAUUUCAGAUACUUUUGCAAUUAAACACAUUUUAUUUAGCUAUCGGUGUGCCCUGCUUUGGCAAAGGUCUCCUCCAAAUCUCCGCCAUUCCUCUCUGCACUGUGCCACUCUCUGCCAUGUACCCACCUGCUGUUUCUUUAUUUUGGUCUACCCACCUUCUAAAUUGUCUUCCUCUUUUGCGUUUAUUGUUGAUCACCAGUUUAAUACUUUCUUGCUCCACUUUUCUGUUUCUAUUGCCCCGUGCCCCGCCCAUUUCCACUUUAUUUUUUUAUUGUAACAUCUGCUACCUUAGUUGUUCUUCUUAAUAAUGUAUUAUUUACUUUAUCUAUUUUGUGUUUUAUAAGGAAGAAAAUAAAUAUUAUAGAAGUGCAAUAAAUAAAGAGACUUUUUAGC